UUCACUUCCCUCACUGUCCUUUUACCACCAAAUAUACAAAAAAAGAGUGAGUUUUCUAUUAUCUCCAAUCUCCUCCUCCACCACCACCACAUUUCCAUGGCUACCGAAACCAAUCACAGCCCGUCAUCAGUCGACCCAAAAAGCGGCUUCUGCUACAAAACCAAAACAUACCAAAGCCUCCGCCCAAAAGUCCCACUUCCGCCGCCGUCUCAGCCGCUCUCCAUCACAGACUACACUCUCUCACAGCUCCACAAGUCCCCCACACCAAUUUCCAACAAAGCAGUCCUCAUCGAAGCAACCACCGACCGCCGCGUCUCCUACGGUGAGUUCCUCUCCCAAGUCCAUUCCCUCACUUCCUCUCUCAAAACUCGCUUCCCUUCUCUCUCCAAAGGCCACGUGGCAUUCAUCCUCACCCCGACCUCCCUACACGUCCCCGUACUCUAUUUUUCCCUCAUGGCCUUGGGUGUAACCAUCUCGCCCGCUAACCCGACCGGGUCGGACUCCGAGGUCGCCCACCAGGUCCGGCUCUGUAACCCGGUCGUCUCGUUCGCCACGUCAGCGACUGUUAAAAAGCUGAACAGACUGAACAUUCCACUCGGUACCGUGCUCCUCGACUCGCCCGAGUUCGACUCGAUGAUAAACGCUGAGGUGGCCUCGACUCACCGCCGAGUUGAGAUAGCUCAGUCCGAUUCGGCGGCGAUUCUUUACUCCUCGGGGACGACGGGGCGAGUCAAGGGGGUGAUACUCACUCACCGGAACCUAAUCGCGCUGAUCGCCGGGUUCGUGCAGCUCCGCCACUUCGGGGACCCGGACCCGAACGAGCCCGAACCGGUGUCGUUCUUCACGCUCCCGCUCUUCCACGUGUUCGGGUUCAUGAUGGCGGUUAGGUCGGUGGCGAAUGCGGAGACGAUGGUCAUCGUGGAGAAGUUCGACUUCGAGACGAUGCUGAGGGCGGUGGAGAAGUACAGGGCGACGUACAUACCGGUGUCGCCGCCGCUUGUGGUGGCGCUGGUGAAGUCCGAUUUGGCGAAGAAGUACGAUCUCGGGUCGCUCCGAAUGCUCGCGUGUGGUGGAGCUCCGCUCGGUAAAGAGGUCACUCUCAAGUUCAACGCCAAGUUCCCAAACACUGAAAUCGUGCAGGGAUAUGGUUUGACUGAGACUGGAGGAGGGGCAACAAGAUCAUUAGGCCCUGAGGAGAGUCUACGGUAUGGUUCUACAGGUCGCUUAGCUGAAAAUAUGGAAGCCAAGAUAGUUGACCCUGAAACUGGAGAGGCCUUACCACCUGGCCAGAGAGGGGAGCUGUGGCUGCGAGGGCCUACAGUCAUGAAAGGUUAUGUUGGAGAUGACAAGGCUACUGCUGAAACAUUUGCUUCAGAGGGGUGGUUGAAGACUGGCGAUCUUUGUUAUUUUGACUCAGAAGGAUUCCUUUUCAUUGUUGACAGAUUAAAGGAACUCAUAAAAUACAAAGCAUAUCAGGUUCCCCCAGUUGAGUUGGAACAUCUACUCCAUUCUCAUCCUGAAAUUGCUGAUGCUGCUGUGAUUCCGUACCCUGAUGAAGAAGCAGGGCAGAUUCCCAUGGCUUUUGUGGUAAGAAAGCCUGGAAGCAAUGUUACAGAGGCUCAAGUUAUUGAUUUCAUUGCAAAACAGGUUGCACCAUACAAGAAGGUACGGCGAGUGUCUUUUAUAAACUCUAUUCCAAAAAAUCCUGCUGGGAAAAUCUUAAGGAGGGAGCUGGUCGCCCUUGUCCUCCCUGCUGGUGCAUCUAGAUUAUGAUCAGUAUGCCUAAGACAUAGGAGAGGGGGCUGUUAUAAGAAAUUCAGACAGUUUUAACUAGUCUGAUUUUUAAUAUAACUCUAUGGCAUCCUUUUUAGGCCCCAAGACAAGCCUGAUCAGCACUGUCCAGUUACUGAUCACAAUCCAAGCAAAUAGGUAGUAGAGGAGUAAUAAUAGUACGUAUGUAGUUGACACACCAUUUUCUAUAAUUAUCCCAUCCUAUAGGCAAGUUAUGUAUUGAUUCUGAUGCUUUGUGCCUUUGUAGGUUUAAUGAUAGUAUAUGGUCAUUGGCCUCUUUUACUUAUCAAAAGUAACAGUAUACGGUCCUUUUUUUGUUCAAAAAAGAAAAGAAAAUAUAUGGUCAUUCCAAGGUGGGGCACGUCACUUCUCAA